AUAACAUUUUUUCCUAACUUCAAUUAUAUCAUUCAGUAGAGAGAAACAAGAUCUUUCGCAUUCGCAUUCGCUUUCGCUUUCGCAAAAAGAUAUGUUUUCUUUCACUUUCGCAUUCGCUUUCGUUAUAACCACUUUCGUUACAACUCUAAAAUUCGUGAAAACCGGUACAAUUGACGCGGGGCCCGAGGACGCGCGCGCACGUACCCGCCGACGCGCUCCGCGAUCGGGCGCUGCGCGUCUGCGCGACCAAAACGAAAAUGGUGGUCGACAUGGAGCUGCAGGAAGCAAAGGAUACCGUCCUUCAACUGAUGAAGGAGAAAGACAGGAUCGAAUCCGAUCUGCGGGCCCUAAAGGAGGUCUUAGAUUCCAAUCACGUCGGCACGGACGAGCCGCUGGUGGACUCCGAGGGCUAUCCCCGGCAGGACAUCGACGUCUACCAAGCGAGACACACCAGGCACAAAAUAAUAUGUCUCACGAACGAUCACAAGGACCUGAUGAGGAAGAUAGAGGAGGGAUUGCACAGAGUCCACGCACUGGUGGGAUCGAGUAUCGCCGGGCAGCUGCUGCCCGAUGUACCCGACAAUCAGGAGGCGGAGGUGGAGUCGCUGGAGCCUUUCCUCAGGGUGAAUCUGGUCUCGCCUGGCUCGCCGGCGGAGACUGCGGGCAUACAGGUCGAGGAUCUGAUAUUGGAGUUUGGAUCUGUUCACUACCGAAAUUUCAAAUCUUUGACGGACAUCGGAAAGCUAGUGGAGAACAGUAGAUACAAGACGGUCAACGUAAAGAUCAGACGCGGCUCAAACGUUAUAGUUCUGUUAUUAACCCCGCGUCCUUGGGUCGGCAAGGGUCUCCUGGGUUGCAACGUGAUACCUGUGGAAGUAGUCGAGAGAUAAAGUAGUCGAGGAUACAGUUCUAACCGAGAGCGACAAUGUAACUAUUUUUCUAACCCGCAAACUAUUUUUAUGUAUUACCUUACUUUACCGAUAAAUGUACCUUUGUAAGUUAUUACUCUUAAUAUAUUCGUCUUGCUAUUACAA